AUGCAGCUUCAAUGGACGCAAAAGCCACGACGACGGACGGAUGAAGAGUUAGCGAGGAUUGAGGCUGAGCAGGCUGCUGAGAAUCGUAUGUGGGAAGCAGCGCAAAAAGCAAAAGAGCAGCCUCCACUACCCAAAAAACAAAAAGAGAUCCUACUUCCUAAAGUGACGGAAAGCGGUCAAAUAAAAGGAUUGCAGUGCUUCGUGAAAGCCACAGCGCAAGCGUUUAAUACGUUGGAAACAAACGCAGCACAAAAUUCUUCACGCGUGGCAUUUCAACACUGUAACCAGGUGACAUCUCAAGUCCUGACUCUGGUACUAAAAAACCACAAGAUUGACGAAGCUACUGCGUGUUUGUAUCGGAACACCACGGUUCAGUUAAGAAACAUGUAG